CUGAAUCAUCUCAGACAUCCAGUUACCCGCGGCAAACCCGACCCGAGUGGACGUCGUUCUCGUUUUCUCAUCCUGAAGGGGAGUCAGGAUGUUUAUCCUACUCGUGACCUUCUCUUUUCUGACCUUCCUGUGCGACGCAGCACAGCAACGGCCCAUGAUCACACUGAAUUUUAUGACUGUGACUCAAGACUAUGUGGUUGUGAGAGUCAACAAGCCCUUUGCCCUUACCUGUAUGGGAAGGAAUGUGACAUGGGUGCCCAGACUGUCCAAGCACAGCAGACACAUCACGGAUAAGAAUGGUGUGCUCAGCAUCUUCGAAGUGGUCAAGCCCACGGUGGACUACACAGGCACAUACAAGUGUUACUCUCGGAACCAGCCAGACUUGAGCUCUUCGGUUCAUGUCUACGUCAAAGACCCACAAAACCUUUUCACAUCGCCAUACAUGUACAGACCAGUAAAGAAAGAAGGCGAUGACCUCCUGUUACCUUGUCUUCUGACGGACCCUGAUGCCACCGAAUUCUCCCUUCGUAUGGACAAUGGCACCUCUGUGCCCCAGUCCAUGAACUACACCACUGACCCCAGGAAGGGGAUCUUCAUCUGGCACCUUCAGCCCAGCUUCAUUGCGGACUAUGUCUGCUCAGCCAGGGUCAACGGGGUGGAGAAGAUCUCCAGACCUUUCUCUAUCAACGUCAUUGAGAGGCUACGUUUCCCACCAUAUGUAUUCCUGGACGAGGUCGAGUAUGUUCGCAUUGUGGGAGAGAGUUUCCAGAUCUCCUGCAAAACUCACAACCCCAACUUCAAUUACAAUGUCACGUGGAAACACUCCUCACGCAAUAAACUAAACGUGGAAGAAAAAGUGAAUGCAAUGGAUACAGAGGGCAACCGUCUUGACAUUGAGAGCAUAUUAACAAUCCCUGCAGUAAACCUGUCCGAUACUGGAAACAUUACCUGCACUGGCAGUAAUGAAGCAGGUGUCAACAGGACGACCACCUACUUGAAGGUUGUGGAGAAGCCGUAUAUCAGGCUUUCAGCAGAGCUUUCACCGAAAGUUACUCGAGAGGAUUUGUCUGUGAUGCUCAAUGAGGGGGAGGAUCUGGAGCUUGUCGUCAAUAUUGAAGCAUACCCUGAGAUCAAGGAUCAAGGGUGGAGGACGUCUGCAUCUCAGAAUAACUUCUCAGAGUCAAGCAGCUUCUAUCGCUACAAGAACAGGUAUGUGGCAAAGCUUGUGCUGAAAAGGAUGACCUCCCAGGAACAGGGCUGGUACACCUUCUACGCCAGGAGUGAACUGAUCAACAACUCCAUCAGCUUCAAAGUGCAGAUCUACCAGAAACCUUCUGUCGCAGUGAAGUGGGAAAAUGGCACCACACUGACCUGCAAUGCCUUUGGGUUCCCAGCUCCCAACAUCCACUGGUACCAGUGUUCUGGAAUUAGAACCACGUGCAGAGAAAAUACCACAGGUGCUCUAAUGGCGCUCCCAGCGCAGAUACUGGAGGUCCAGAAUGAGGCGUCCAGCCAAGCAGAGGUGGAGAGCUCGCUGCCCGUGGGACCAGUCAGCCGCAGGACAACAUUUGAGUGUGUGGCCUCCAACCUGGUGGGGGAGGCGAGUAACGCAUUCAGCAUGGAGGUCUCUCAAAACAAACUGUUCAUGCCGACCCUGGUUGGAGCUUCUACCCUGGCAGCAGUUUUCCUGUUACUCCUGGUCAUACUUCUCUACAAGUACAAGCAGAAACCCAGGUAUGAAAUCCGCUGGAAAAUCAUUGAAGCCAGCAAUGGGAACAACUACACCUUUAUUGACCCCAUGCAUCUGCCAUAUAACGAGAAAUGGGAAUUUCCUAGGGCUCAGCUGAAGCUAGGGAAGGUUCUGGGUGCUGGGGCUUUUGGGAAAGUCGUGGAGGCCACUGCGUACGGCCUGGGACAGGAAGACAAUGUCACACGUGUUGCUGUGAAGAUGCUCAAACCCAGUGCACACUCUGAUGAGAAAGAAGCCCUGAUAUCUGAAUUGAAGAUCCUGAGCCAUCUGGGGGAGCACAAGAACAUUGUGAACUUACUGGGCGCCUGCACUCAUGGAGGUCCUGUCCUGGUGAUUACUGAGUACUGCAGGCAUGGUGACCUCCUUAAUUUCCUGAGAAACAAGGCCGACACUUUCCUCAGCUUUGUGAUGAGCAUGCCAGACUGCCAGGAGGAGACCAUCGACUACAAGAAUGUCUGUUUAGAUAAGAAGUACAUAAGAAGCGACAGCGGGAUCUCCAGUUCAUGUUCUGACAGCUACCAGGAGAUGAAGCCAGCCCCUCUACUUCUGCCAGCCUCCACAAAUGUGCCCCCCUGUGACAAUACCGUGGAGGACAGCUGGCCACUGGACAUUGAUGACUUGCUGAGAUUCUCCUACCAGGUGGCACAAGGACUGGAAUUCCUCACUGCCAAAAAUUGUAUCCACAGAGACGUAGCUGCCAGGAAUGUGCUUCUGGCAGACAGUCGCGUGGCGAAGAUCUGUGACUUCGGCCUGGCGCGUGACAUCAUGAACGACUCCAACUACGUGGUGAAAGGAAAUGCUCGCCUUCCUGUGAAGUGGAUGGCACCCGAGAGCAUUUUCGACUGCGUCUACACUGUGCAGAGUGAUGUCUGGUCUUAUGGGAUCUUACUGUGGGAGAUCUUCUCGCUAGGUAAGAGCCCAUACCCUAGCGUCCUUGUGGACGGAAAGUUCUACAAAAUGAUCAAAUGUGGUUACCAGAUGUCUAGGCCAGACUACGCCCCACCAGAGAUGUACACGAUCAUGAAAAUGUGCUGGGAUCUGGAGCCUACCAGGCGGCCGACUUUCAGCAAGAUCGGCCAGCUGAUCGAAAGGCUCCUCGGAGAACAGCCCGACCAGCAGGAUGCUCCAGAUGGAGAACCAAGUGAAUCACGAGAGGCUCCCAAGUGCUGCGAAGGCUCCUAUGAUCAGUCUUGUGACCAGGAGGAAGAGGAGCAACCGCUGAUGAAGACCAACAACUAUAAGCUCUGCUGAGGCGCCCAUCUCCAGCCCGGGGUGUCCAGACUCUGUCUCAUAUUAACCAUCAACAGCCAACCUUUUGCAAGCUACCAUACUACAAAGUAAACUACCAAAAACCUAGUUAUAUUGCAGGGUUAGUCAUUCAAACCACAGAAGGCUUAUUCGGGGUGCUGAAUCAGGCAGACAGCAGAGGAACGACAGUGACGACGACGACGAACAAUGAAAUGACGCAGAGUUUCCAGAAAGACAGUCUGGACAUAUAUUCCUUGAUUUUUUUUUUUGUUCAGUGGAUACACAUAUUUCAAAUAAUCCUGAAUUUUUUUGUCUGUUUUAGCCUUUAGUACAGUUACAGCAUUACUUGCCUACACUAGUGCUUAUGAAUAACAUUUUGUUUUUAUCUGCCAAACUCAAGGAAGAAAGAUUGGUAGUUGCUCUGAAACCAUAAGCGUCAGCAUCUUUCAUGGAAAACUAAAGUUCCUCAUCGUGCGCAGUUCACAUGCACGUAUUCUGUGUGUAGACAAAACAUUCAAGUAGUAUUUAUCAGCGUGCAAACUUUUCUUCAGCAGGUUAAUUAGAUUUAAUGUCUAAUGAUCUAAUGUUCUCAAAUUUAUUUACGAUUAUUCAUCAUUAUUUUGGCUGGGUAACAGACCAACAUAUGGUGCAAGCACUGUUUUCAGUUUUCAUUCAUUGAAUUAUGUAGCACUCAGCUUAUACUGCCAAAAACAUAGACGUAGUUACUUGAUUUUUAUAUAUACAUAUAUAUACAACUGAUUUAUUUAAAGCCAGAAGGACUGAAGAUGAGUGGCUGAGACCUUCUUUGUGGAUCAAUGUUCUCACAAAUGCGCUGUUAUGGACAUCAGUUUAUUAUUGAAACCUUGUUAAAGCUUAAUGUUUAGCUCAUGCUAUUAGCUUGCUGUGAGAGACUUAUUACAGUUUCACCAAGCCUACAGUAUGAAGUAUAUAGAAUUGAUCUGAUCUGGCUUUUAAUUUGUUUUUUUUUUACUAUUUACAUUUCAUGUCGUAAUUUGACUUUCACAUACACUGGAAAAUACACAUAUCACAACAUUUGUACUAACAUUUUUGCUAAAAUGAAUAAAUGAAUGAAUAAAUGAAUAAAAAAAUGAAUAAAUGAAAUGUAUUUUGCUUGUUACCAUACAUGCUGUUGAACAAAAUGAACGAUUGUAACAUAUCUCAUAUUAUGUUAUACUGUUAAGAGAAACAACAACAAUAUUGAUGCAAAUACCCCAUUAUCUACGAUUUAAAAAUAACAAUUGCUUUUAAUAUAUUACAUUAGCAAUAUGAUUUAUGUCAAUAUGAAUGAUUAUAUUGUAUCAUCAUUAAAUUGUCUUGCAUACCCUUUUUAA